GGGGCGGCGGGCAGUGCGGGGGGUGGGGAAGGAGGCGCGUUGCUGAGGAGCCGCUCCGGAUCCCGCCCACUGCCGCCGCGGUCCACACCGCUGCCUGCACCGGUACCACAGCCCGCGGCGCCCGGCUGGUGUGACGGGUGGGAGGAGGCGGUGCUGGGUGUGUGUCUCCGGGCCCAGCAGCCCAGCGGGAGGUCGGGGAUGGAGCGGCGGUACCGAGAGGCCUAGGGGCGGGCGGCCGCCGCCGAGCCCGGGGCUCCCGUCCUGGGGCUCCGCUCCCGGGGCUCCCCUCCCGGGCCGCUCCGCCAUGAAGCUGAAGAAACAGGUGACGGUGUGCGGCGGCGCCAUUUUCUGCGUGGCCGUGUUCUCGCUUUACCUGAUGCUGGACCGGGUACAACACGAGCCGGGCCGGCGGCACAGCGGCGUCAGCUUCCCGCGGAACCAGAUCUCGGUGCUCCAAAAUCGCAUUGAGCAGUUGGAGCAGCUUUUGGAGGAAAAUCACCAAAUAAUCAGCCACAUCAAGGAUUCUGUGCUGGAGCUCACUGAGAAUGCAGAUGCUCAUCCAGGCCUGCUCACCUUCCAAGCGAAUGGCUCCUGGAUUUUACCAACUGACAAUCACCAAACCUUCCUCUCGGUGUUUCCACAAGAUUGCCAAUUUGCCCUUGGGAAUAAAGAACAAAAAACAGACCUGCAGAUGCUGGAUGUUUAUUCGGUCCUGAAGUUUGAUAAUGUGGAUGGCGGUGCUUGGAAGCAGGGCUUCGAGAUCACCUAUAAUCGGCAAGAGUGGGACAAUGAACCAUUACAGGUGUUUGUGGUGCCCCAUUCCCACAAUGAUCCAGGAUGGAUUAAGACAUUUGACAAAUAUUACUUUGACCAGACGCAGCACAUCCUGAACAACAUGCUGCUGAAGCUCCAGGAGGACCCAAAGCGCCGCUUUAUUUGGGCAGAGAUCUCCUUUUUCUCCAAGUGGUGGGACAACAUUGAUACUCAGAAAAGGGCAGCUGUCCGUCGGCUGGCAGCUAAUGGUCAGUUGGAGUUUGUGACUGGAGGCUGGGUAAUGACAGAUGAAGCUAACUCCCACUACUUUGCAAUGGUUGAUCAGCUAAUCGAAGGACAUCAGUGGCUGGAGAAAAAUAUUGGAGUGAUCCCAAAAUCAGGAUGGGCAAUCGAUCCUUUUGGACACAGCUCAACCAUGUCCUAUCUGCUGAAACGCUCCAACUUGACCAGUAUGCUCAUCCAGAGGGUGCAUUAUUCCAUCAAAAAACACUUUGCAGCCACCAAAAAUCUGGAAUUCAUGUGGAGACAGACCUGGGAUACUGACUCGAGCACAGAUAUCAUGUGUCAACUGAUGCCUUUCUACAGUUAUGACAUUCCUCACACCUGUGGGCCUGACCCCAAAAUCUGCUGCCAGUUUGACUUCAGGCGCCUCCCUGGAGGACGCAUCAGCUGUCCUUGGAAAGUCCCACCUAAAGUGAUAAAUGAUGCCAAUGUGGCAGAGAGGGCAAACUUACUAUUGGAUCAAUACCGGAAAAAGUCCAAGCUGUACAAAAGCAAAGUUGUUCUGAUUCCACUUGGAGAUGACUUCCGUUAUGACAAAGCUCUGGAGUGGGACCAGCAGUUCCAGAAUUAUGAGAAACUUUUCAACUACAUGAACUCUCACCCAGAGCUUCAUGUGCAAAUACAGUUUGGGACCCUGUCUGAAUACUUUGAUGCAGUUUACAAGAAGAAUGGUGUCAGCCCUGGCAGCAAGCCUCCAUCCUACCCAGUCCUCAGUGGUGACUUCUUCACGUAUGCCGAUCGUGAGGACCAUUAUUGGAGUGGAUAUUUUACUUCAAGACCUUUCUAUAAGAAUCUGGAUCGAGUGCUGGAAUCACACCUCAGAGCAGCUGAGAUCCUCUACAGCUUGGCCCUGAGUCACGCUCGGCACUCUGGUGUGGACAUUCGAUACCUCGUUUCUGAUUAUCGCUUCUUAACUGAAGCUCGGCAAAACAUAGGCCUGUUCCAGCAUCACGACGCUAUUACUGGCACCUCAAAAGAAGUAGUGGUUGUUGACUACGGGCUCAGGCUCUUUCACUCCCUUAUGAAUUUGAAACGGGUGAUAAUUAAUGCAGCCCACUUCUUGGUACUUCAGAGCAAAAAUGACUACAAAUACGAUGAAUCUUCCCUUUUCCUACAGCUGGAUGACAGACGGCAAAAUCAUGAUUCAUUACCAGAGAAAACGGUGAUAAAACUGGAAUCACUUCCCAGGUACAUGGUUGUAUUCAAUCCUAUUGAGCAAGAGCGUCUCUGUGUGAUUUCUGUUCACACCACCUCACCGCGGGUCAAGGUUACACUAAUCGAUGGGAGCAAUCUGCCCACACAGAUCAGUGCAGUGUGGAAAUCACCAACUGAUAUGGCAACAGAUACAUACCAGGUCUCCUUCGUUGCUCGCCUCCCUGCUCUGGGGCUUGCUGUGUUCCAGCUAUCUGAAUCAUUUAAUGCACCAGUGAAUUCCAACGUGGCAAUCUACCUACGCAACAGAGACGUAACUGUGAGUAAGAAGGAACCAUUCAGUGUGAAGAUCCUGGAGUCCUCAACCAAUGAUUUCUUCAUCGAAAAUCAGCACAUGCAAGUGUGGUUUAAUGGAGUAACUGGACUGAUGGAGAACAUUAAAAGGAAAGAUGACCAGCAGGAGCAGAAGGUGCGGAUGGAGUUCGUGUGGUAUGGAACGCGGUCAUUUAAAGAUAAGAGUGGCGCCUACCUCUUCCUUCCUGAUGGUGAAGCCAGGGCCUAUAUUUCCAAACAGACUCCGAUCACUCGCAUUACAGAAGGCCCAUUGUACUCCGAGGUCAUCAGCUUCUAUCGGCAUUUCCACCAGAUAAUUCGCCUUUACAACUUGCCAGGAGUUGAAGGGCUGUCGCUGGAUGUUUCCAUUGUCGUUGACAUUCAUGACCAGGUCAACAGGGAGCUGGCAAUGCGACUGUCCACUAGUAUUGAAAGCGGAGACAUGUUCUUCACUGAUCUGAAUGGGUUUCAGAUUCAACCUAGGAAAUACUUCCAAAAAUUGCCACUUCAGGCCAACUUCUACCCCAUGCCAGCCAUGGCCUAUAUUCAGGACAAUCGUUCCCGUCUCACGGUGCACACUGCUCAAUCUCUGGGCGUGUCAAGCAUACGUAGUGGUCAGUUGGAGAUUAUUCUGGAUCGCCGCUUAAUGCAGGAUGAUAAUCGAGGCCUGGGACAGGGGCUAAAAGACAAUAAACUGACCUGCAAUAGAUUCCGCAUCUUGCUGGAAAGAAGAUCGACAUCAAACAAAGUACAGGACAGCAGGCCGGUGAGCUUCCCCUCUUUGCUCAGUCACAUGACCUCGAUGCUGGUGAACCAUGAGGUCCUGGCAAUGCCUGUGACACCCCGGCCACAGAAAAUUCCGCCCAUCCGAACCUGGCGCCCGCUUUCUGCCGCUGUACCGUGCGACUUCCACAUGCUGAACAUCAGGACUCUGCAGUCUGAGGUGGUUUCAGCCCCUGGGUUAGAGGCUGCUCUGAUCCUUCAUCGGAAAGGAUUUGACUGUGGGCUUGAGGCCAGGAGCCUGGGCUUCAAUUGUACGACUACCCAGGGCAAGCUAUCAGUGGGGACCCUGUUUCAGGGUCUGGAUGUUGUGAAUGUGCAGCCAAUGUCCCUGACUCUUCUGUAUCCCGCCAAGCCCUUCAACAGCAGCCUUGUCUUCCUGAAACCAAUGGAGAUUUCCACCUUCCGCAUUCGAAUGGUUUGAGUGAUUUAACAACAGUGCUUCCUCACCUGGAGCUAGGAGUUGCAAGAUAGCAGCCAUAUAGCAGUAGGAACCAUGGCUCUUGGAUUCAUAAACACCAUGGAGUUGAUGGAGAGGGUGUUGGGUGUGGGACAGACACAUUUGGAGCUGGAACUGUGAAACUGAACAAGCUUCCUCCAUUUGAGUCAAAUCGUGGAUUUCAAGUUGCUUGUGUAGUGAAAGCAGAGCAGAACCACCCCAAAUUCUACAUGCAAUUUAUGCAUUUACCACUACAGUAUACAUCACUUCAUCCACUUUAAUGGGCAAGCCUGACCUGAUUGUAAAUUCAUAACUUUAAUAGUGAGGAACAGAGCUCUGGGGAAUCUGAAAGUGGACAGUUUACACCUGUCUCAGUGAUGCAAAAGCACAAGUGUGCAAGAACAGAGCAGGCAAGUGGGAAAGUGUUAGUUGUGUGCAUGGGCAUCAGAGUAGUCUGCACAUUCAUAGUUGCUCAGUGUGCAAAUCUGUAAACCUGAACUGAAGGUGUUCUGAUCUGACUUGUGCAAUGCAUUCCUGAAGAGAUUGACAAUGAAUCUCUCCCCUUCAAUGGUGGGGGGUGGGGGGUGGUGUUUGGUUCUGUGGAAGUCCUUUCCCUGUUACAGAUGGAUUUGACAUGGAUUGAACCUCACCUCGAGUAAACCAAUGUCCACACCUUCCUGCUGCAUUUUGUCCUGUAAAUCAAAGGCCAGUUGACCUUCCAUUACCACAUUGUUCAGGACUUGUUUUCUAGUGUCUGGACCAGCACUGGGACAUUCAAAGCCUUGGCUUCAUUCGUCAGCAUCUCCUGGGAUGUUUGUGCAAUAAGUCUGUGGUUUUGCUGCAUAUUCAGAGCUGAAGUUGCUGGGUGAGGUCAAGUCUCUCCAGGUACAGCCGAACUGCUCUUUGCAAUGUGGCUGUCACAAUAUUUAUAACCCAGCACAAGACCUGAAGUGUCCUGAUCAGCAAUGCUAACAAAAAAUGCUGUAAAUGCACAGCGGAUCUGGAUACACAAAUACAGAUCAGUGUUCUGAGCUUUCUCUGAAACCUCCAGCAAAGCUCUCAGGCUGAAACAAUCGUGGUUUUUGGAAUCUGAAGGAUAUGCUGUGUAUUUUCAGUGUUUUUAUGUCUGAUUUUUUUUUCAGUGUUCUUUUGAUGUGAAUGGAUCAACAGAUCAUGUGAGGCAUUCAACUCUUCUGAUUCACUUAAUGUGAGCUGUAUGAUAGUUUGCAAACUGAUAGGAGUAAGUUCUACUUCUGAAAGUUUUUUUAAGGUUAACUUGCUGCUCUUGGAGAGAAUCACUUUUUAAUAAAAUUGCUAAAGGCAAUAGCAUUUGGAUAACUAGCAAUUGCAAAAUUAUGAAUUCCUUAGUUUGAAACUAGAAAAAUGCCCAAUAGAAAUUUCAAAUGAAAAUAUUCUGGAAUAAUUAAGUUGUACUUUGAAGCAGCUGCAAUAGUUGUUCAAGGUAUUCUUUAAAAAAAAUGGGAUCAUGUUCUCUGAAAAAAUAUUAAAAGGCAUCCGUGUGGAUGGGUUAUUGAAAUUAAAUUAAUUUAAUUGACAUAUUUUCUAAAGGGAUGUUUUCUCGCACUGAUCAGAACCAGGCUUCCUGAAAUGGGACUGGAAUUUUAAUGUUUUCAUUUCCAGCAGGACAGCUUUUGUCUCUGUCCUUUCAAAGGGGAAGUGUUUGGGGAAACUAUUUUGAGCUUAAUAUAACACUAGGUGCAGAGCCUCAGGAUGGUUGAUGGUGAUGGGCAUAGCAUAAGAGGACAAAUUAAAGGUAUACCAAUUGACUUGUUUAUUACCAUUUAUACAAGAAUCACAUUCUAUUUGCUGCAGUUGUCAGGUGUUCCUGUUGCGACAUCCCUUGUUCAGGGGCCACUUUAUGAAAAUCUAGAAAUACAUUUAACUAGAUUCCUGGUUGCAGGUGUGCUUCCCUCAUAUCCAUCAGAUUCAACCAUUCCCUGUUUCUGUAAAAGACCCAGACCCACCAUUCCCAAUGGGAUCAGACUGUGUCUCCUGCUGCCAACAGUAUUGCCUGAACUUGAUUUUCCAAUGUCACAGUCGCACUUUUAUAGGCGCAAAACACCGUUGCAAAUACUCAAUAAAACAUCAGAGAAACUG